UAUCAGGUCAUGCGCAGACUAUCCUGUCUCUUUGAGUUUAAAUCUUUAUUUAUUCACGCCAGCUCUUGAAAAGCUCUAUGCGAACACAUUUGACAGAAAAAGUGCGGGGCACGAAUUUCCACGCCCCUGGCCAAUAGUAUUAUGACCCGCCUUGAUUUUUAACUUUUCCGACCAAUUAAAGACGUCUCGGCAGUUUCAGUUUGACCUGCAAUGAAGCACUGACAGAGAUGCGUUUAGAGGGCGUCUAUAAUGGCCAAAUGGUUCCCUCGUUCUUUUCUUCUAUCUGUCUAUAUAUUAAUGCCUUGUCUUAUUUAUCAUCCUUGUCUAAGCGAUGCGCAUCAAGACAAACUAGAGAGACAUUACCUUCACUACAUGUUUACAGCCUGGACCAAAGCAGAUAUAAUACCUGUGCUCAGUGCUGUUGGUGUGGUAGAUGACAGACAGAUCUCAGAUGACAGUAAUGAAGUUCCAGACUUGAUAAGAAUGAUUCUGACCACAGAUGAUGGGACUGAUGCUUUUGUACAGCAAUGCGACUCUAACUGGUACAAACAUCAGCUAUACAUUCUGUCAAACUGCACGCAGUGUUCUGAGCUCCAUACGUUUCAGAGAAGGAUUGGUUGUGAAGUGGAGAAAUUUCCUAAUGGAACAGUGAUGAGUUUGAGAGCCUUUGAUGAAUAUGGAUUUGAUGGAGAAGAUUUUAUUGCCUUUGAUUAUGACACCAUGCUGUGGAUUGAUAAAACUCCCAAAGCCAAAGAAACCAAAAAUAAAUGGGAUCUCCAGACAGACCGAAACCAGAUCAUCAAAAAUUAUUUUGAGACAUGCAUGGACUGGAUCUCCACGUUUAACAACACACAUGAGAAUUCACCAGAUGUUGGUGUGUUUGCGAGGAAAGCUCCUGAUGAUCACAGUAAGCUGGUUCUGAUCUGUCUGGUCACUGGUUUCUACCCCAGAGAUAUUGAGAUGAACAUCAGAUUGAACAGAAUUACACUUGGGAACCAAAUAUUUUCUGAAAUCAGGCCCAAUGAUGAUGGAUCCUUUCAGAUGAGAUCCAGUGUGAAGAUCGACAGAAACCACAAAGGAUCUUAUGACUGUCAUGUCAUUCACAGCAGUCUGACAGAACCAGUGUCAGCAGAAUGGGAGAGACACCAUUUCUACUACAGAUUUACAGUCCUGAGCAAAGCAGAGAUUUUCCCAGAAUUCACUGCUGAGGCUGUGUCUGAUGACAGACAGAUUUCACACUACAACAAUGAAGCUGAAGAAUGGAAAGGCGAGACUCUGAUUGAAUAUCCUGGGCUUGAAGCUCCUGGAGAACCAUCCCAGCAGGCACACAACGUCAUAUGA